UUGGUUUGUUUCACGUUCCCGUAUAAACUAGUUCCAUGUUAGUUUUGAUUACAGCAGGAGUGUAGUGUGAGGAGAGUUCUAGAUAAACUACAAGAAAUGACUUCGGAUCAAUCCUACACCCCCUAAUUCAUGGUUGCUUGUCUUUUGAUUUUUGCUCAUCGACCUUUCUGGUUCUCCUUUCUGGCAGGGUUCUCUUCAUUAUGAGGUCCAAUCAUCUGAAGAUAGCUUUCCUUUUAUGGGCUUUAACAUGUUCAUUUCUUCCUUCUUUCUCUUUUGGGAUUCUAAGAAUUGGUUUGAAGAAGAGACCUCUCGACCUUCAAGGCAUUCGGGCUGCCAGAGCUGCCAGGGAAGAACUGAGACCAGGAAGAUCAGUGAAGGUUUCACAUCAAUAUAUCAGUAAUUCACAUGAUGAAGACAUAGUACCCCUAAAAAAUUAUUUGGAUACGCAAUAUUAUGGAGAAAUUGCAAUAGGCACACCACCCCAGAUCUUCACUGUCAUAUUUGAUACUGGUAGUUCUAACCUGUGGGUUCCAUCAUCAUGGUGCUAUUUAUCAAUCGCCUGUUAUGUCCAUUCGUGGUACACGGCUAGCAAAUCCACUACAUAUACUGGGAAUGGAACAUCUUGUGAAAUACAAUAUGGGUCUGGAUCAGUAUCUGGUUUUUUCAGUCAAGACAGCGUUAAAGUGGGUGACGUGGCAGUAAAGCAUCAAGAUUUCAUCGAGGUUACUCAAGAGAAAACUCUUUACUUCGCAUUCCUUGAGUUUGAUGGGAUACUUGGUCUUGGGUUUCAGGAAAUCUCAGUUGAGAAAGCAGUGCCAGUUUGGUACAAUAUGGUGGAGCAAGAUCUUAUUAGUGAGAAGGUGUUCUCUUUUUGGCUCAAUGCGGAUCCGGAUGAAGAAGCGGGUGGUGAAAUUGUAUUUGGAGGCAUUGAUCCAAAUCACUUCAAAGGAAAACAUACUUAUGUUCCAGUUACUAGAAAAGGUUACUGGCUGAUUGAAAUAGGAGAUUUUCUCAUCGGAGGUCUUUCUACUGGUGUGUGCGAGGGUGGAUGUGCUGCUAUUGUGGAUUCAGGGUCAUCUUUGCUUGUUGGUCCAACCUCAGUUGUGGCCGAAAUCAACCACGCCAUUGGAGCUGAAGGAUUUUUCAGUUCAGAAUGUAAGGAAUUAACUUAUCGAUUUGCAGACAAGAUAUGGGAUCUACUAGUGUCAGGGGUGGAGCCUCAUGAAGUAUGUUCGCAUCUUGGUUUAUGCUCUGCAUAUAAGGAUCAAUCUAAGAGCAGUGGGAUUGAGAUGGUGACUGGAAGAAUAGAAAGAGAGGGUGUGUCAGCUAGAGACAAUAAUACAUGCUCUUUCUGUGAGAUGGCUGUAGUUUGGAUCCAGAAUCAACUGAAAAGGAAAGCAACCAAGGAAAAAGUAAUCCGCUACAUAAAUCAGUUAUGUGAAAGACUGCCAAGUCCUGCUGGAGAAUCCAUAGUAAGUUGUGACAGUAUUUCUCAGAUGCCAAACAUCACAAUUACCAUCGGAGACAGACUUUUCAACCUCACUCCAGAGCAGUAUAUUCUGAAAGCUGGACAAGGCCAAGCAGCAAUUUGCAUCAGUGGGUUUGCAGCUUUAGAUAUCCGCACUUCUCAGGGCCCUCUCUGGGUCCUUGGCGAUGUUUUUAUGAGGGCAUAUCAUACGGUGUUUGACUAUGGGAAUCUCCAAGUGGGUUUUGCUGAGGCUGCCUAGAGGGAUUUUUGGAGAAUCUUAUGCAGCCAAGAGCCGCAGACAAAACUGGAAACUCCCUCGAGUUUGAAUUAAAUAAAAUAAUGUUAUUACUGAUUAGUAGUAGAAAUGUCAGAAUCUUGUAUAUCUAUUACAACAUUUGAAUUGUGACAAGAAUCAGUCCACAAAUAAAGAGCCGACAUAAAUCUCACUAUCUA